CUGUGCCCAGCCCAGUGUAAUUCUUUAUCUGCUUCUCUCACGCACGCCCGGGGCUGGCCAUUUGUGAAUCGGUGCGUGCAGAGCACAUCACUUUUUAAGGUUGUUAUCAGUGACAGUCCUCCUGUGCUCGAUAAAUCGAUCACCGUAUACUACAAGCAUCAGAUCGGUCCGUACAAUCAUUUAUCCGUUGUUCGUUGUGAGGCAAGAAAGCUUUUGCCGGAUUCAGGCGCCGCAUUCGCAAUUUUUUUCGACGAUCCUGAGGAGUUGAAGGAGAAUUUGCUGCAGUCGGCAGUGGGCGUCGUAUUCGGCGGCAAAUUCCGGGACUUCUUUUCGAUGUUCACAUUGCUGAAUUUCACCUAUCCCAAGGUCAAUGCCUUCCUAAAGGAGAAGAAACUGCCAGUGCGUGUAACAGUGGAGAUUUUCUCAGAAAAAUUAGUGCACUUGAUGAUUCCGCUCGAUCAUCAGGAGGAUUUUGUCGUGCCGCAGUUAAUGACGAUUGAGGAACUGGAGAGUAAGCUGGCGCGGAAGAAGUGGGACAGCGACCAGGAAAGCGAAAGUACAAGCGAAUCGGGAAUGGAUGAGGAGCAGCAAAAUGUAACAGAUGGUACGUCCGAGAACGACACAGUGCCGUACGCGGAAAGCAAAAAGGAUGAAUGA